CUCUCCACCAGCACUGAUUUCUGUCUCGUUCCUCUGUCAGAGCUCAGCCACGGGUCGCCGCACCUCCACGGAUUAAACUCGGAACUCUGUGGAAUACUCAAAACAAGCCUGAACUUUUCUUGGAUUUUUUUCUUUUCCUGCUUUUCUUCCUGUUAUAUCCGAGUUGGAAACUAUGAAGCUGUGUGUGGUGGCCGUUCUUGCCCAUGUGCUCGUUAUUUUCACUCUGGCGAGCGGCGCGUCUAUAGACAGGUACGAGUCGGAGAAGCCUGCACAAACAACUGUGAUUCACCUGCUGCGCACAUCUGAGGCUCUGAACGACAAAAGGCCCACAGACGUCAGCAAGCGCGAGGACCACCGACAAGAGGAAGAGGAGGAGGAAUAUUACUAUGAUGAUGAACAAUACGAAUACGAGCUGUCAGGGGAUUCUGAGAUGCCUCAAGUCGCAUUUUCGAGCAAACCUAAAGACCCAACCACAGUGCUGAAUGCAGAGAGGCUCCAAGGUGAAGAGAACGAGAGGAGAGGAAAAGGAGAAAAGAAAGGAAAGGGAAAGGGGAAAGGGAAGAAGAGGAAUCCUUGCCUGAAGAAAUAUAAGGAUUAUUGCAUCCAUGGAACGUGCCAGUAUCUGAGAAAGAUCGGCCCCUCAUGCAUAUGCAAUCCAGGUUACUCAGGAGAGAGGUGUCACUAUUUCUCAUUACCUGUAGUAACACAUGAAGAAGGCUACAGUCGGACAACAGCCCUCGCCGUCGUGGCUGUUGUUCUAUCAUCACUCUGUCUAACCAUCAUCGGCCUCCUCUUGGCUCUCAGGUUUCACAAACGAGACGCAUAUGAUGUAGAAAACGAGGAGAAGAUUAAGCUUGGCACGUCUACACACCGCUAAAUCACAGGAGCUCACGGGUGACUGUGAAGUCUGUGAAAUUCUACCUCAAAAUAAAAUAGACAAGAUGAAGGCCAAGAGAGAGAGAGAAAGAGAGAGAGUGGAGAGAUAGAGAAAAAGAGAGAGAGAGAGGGAAAGAGAGAGAGAGAGCAUUACGGAUGUUGUCUGAGUCGUGACGCCACAAGUGUUCCAGCUUAAAUCACUGGGAUCGGGACUCAUCAGGAUGUUCAGCAAGGUAUAAGCGGAGUUCGGUGCUUGGCCCCGUGGAGCUGCAGUGUGAAGAAGAAGGUCUGAGACACGAGGCAUGUUUUGGACGCAAAUAUCUGCGUACUGUGGGUUCAGACAUUGACUGAUAAAGAGACGUGGCCCUGAAAUGACAUAUUUUUACCUGUAAAAAAUUUAUGUUUAUGUACAUUUGUUUUUGAGACCCUAGUGUUUGUUUAUUUAUUUAUUUAAAUAUUUAUUUGUACCAAACUUUAGAGGCUCUGAUUUUACUGUCCAUGUGUUUGAAAUGUGUCAUAUAUAUAAAUAUAUAUUAUAUAUUUAAUACUGUAUUUAUUAAAUUUCAAAACUAUUACAAAAGAAGACUCUAAUAUGGCAAAACAACAAACAAAAAAGCAACAUUUUGCUUGUUGAACAAUUCAACAACUAGUAAUUUAACCAUUUCUCCCUCCAUUACAGUAUUAAAUACAUUCAUGAACAUGUUUUUUAGCUUCACAUCCAACUUUCAAAUAUCUAUAGUUUUUUGCUUAUUGAGAAAACAUGAUGAAACAACAUAAAAAAAAGUUU